AUGGCGUUCCUUGUGAAUCAAAUGUUGGGCGAUAAGUUGAAGAGUUUUACCAGCUCCUGCGGUGAAGGUGACGGAAAAGCAGGAGCAGCUGGAAAGGAAACGCCAGAGUCCAAAGGCAUGUCCAGGGAAGAGUUUGAAGAGUACCAAAGGCAGCUGGUGGAAGAGAGGAUUCAGCGGGACAAAGACUUUGCUACGAAGAAGGCCGAAAGAGCCAAUCUAAGAGUCGCACUUAGAGACAAAUACAGACUUCCAGAUAGUGCUCAAGAUACUGCAACCGUUCAGAUGGCUGGAGAUGACAUUGACCUCCCGGAGGAUCUUGCAAAAAUGGUAGAAGAUGAUGAGGAAGAGGAAGAAACCAAUGAUUCACUCCUUCACCAAAUUCAAAACAUGGAUAUGGAUACACUGAAAGCCAAAGCUCAGGCCACGAUGACAGAAAUGAAGCAGACUGCAGAGGAGAAGUGCACAGUCACAUGAUUACACUUCAUUAAAGUGCAUG